GGCUGACACCACGCAUCAGUCAGUCAAUCGGACGUAGCAACUCAUUGCAGCAACUCAACGCAACACACGAACGAUGAUGCACGCUCGCGAGACGUGCGAGACGUGCGAGACGGCUGAGCAAGGAUGGAGGUCGCACACACAUCUGGCUUCUUAAGCGGGCGAAAGCAUGGCAAGAUGACUUGAGACUGACCUCCGCCUUUUCUACUUCUACCACUCAUCUCCCCUUUCCCCCAUCCUCUUCGUCACUCCCAUCCUCCUCAUCGUUCCCAUCCCCUCUCUCACCGCUCCUUGCCUCAUUCAUGCCGAUCUCACACGAUACGCCGCCCGCCAUCAGCUCCUCGAGCACUUACGAGCUCGACACGAUGCCUCAGAGCGAGUCGAGCACCGUCCGCAUUCCUUCAUCGAGCACCACCGACCUGCCAGCAUCCAACACUCUGUCCACUGAGCCAUCGACUGUGUUUAACACGCCUCGUGCCUCGACGUCGCUCAGCAACCUCGUCGACGCUUACAAAGCUAGGGAAGAGGGCAAGAAGCUGUCCGGCGAAGGCGUCGAGUGGCUUGUUGAUCCUCCCUCUGCUGUCAAGGAGCACGAUGCCCCGUCGAGCCUCUCACGCCUCGAUUUGCCCAGCUCACCACGCUCGCAGGAAACCAUUACCAUCCAUAAGCGCGAGGAGAGCGGCGCUACCACGCACCCUGAAGACUCGGAGCAGUACAUAGUCAAGGUGGAAGGCGACAAGGACCCGUUGGAUGCGCACAAUCUGCCCUUUGCUUGGAAGUUUCUUGCCUGCUUUUCCGUUGCUUUCAAUGCACUCAUAGUCAGCUCCUUUGGAUCCGCCUACCUCUUCAUCACACCCGACCUCGAGCAAGCAUUCGGCGCUAGCCAGACGGUCGUCACCACGGGCUUCGUAGUCUACGUCAUUGGAUGGGGACCAGGUCCGCUCAUCUGGGCUCCCCUCGCCGAGUCCAUUGGUCGUAAGCCCGUCUACAUUGGCUCUUCUCUCGCCUGGACAUGCUUCAACAUCGGCUGCGCCCGAGCUCAAUCCGUCUCGACGAUGAUCGUCUGCCGUUUCUUUGCAGGCUUCUUUGGCUGCGCUUGCUUGACGAAUGGUGGGGGGACCAACACCGACAUCUUUGCUGGCCUCGCCAUUGCACGCAGCAUCGCCUUGUACUCUGCCGUCGUCUUCCUCGGUCCUGUGCUGGGUCCCAUCAUUGGCGGCGCUAUCCAGACGUACGCACCAAGCGUAGGAUCACUCGAGGGCGACACUGCAGGCUGGAGGUGGCUCUUCUACGCAGCCAUCAUCAGCGGCGCCUUCUCGACGCUCCUCUACGUCAUCUCGCCCGAGACUCUGAUCAACAAGCGGCUGCAGAGGCGUGUCAAGGAGCGCAGACAGCGCGACCCACUGCAUGCCCCUCUGUAUGGCACUGAGGCUGACAAGCAUGGGAUGUCGACGGUAGCCAAGAUGGCGAGCGUGGCUGGUGGUGCUAUCAACAUGCUUCGAUCAGAACCCAUCAUCGUCUUUGUCUCGCUCUGGCAAACUACCGUCAUGGCCAUCAUCUACCUCUUCUUCGACGCCUUCCCCGUCGUCUUUGGUCUCGGCCACGGCUUCAACGCCUUUCAGACUGGCCUCACGUUCAUUGGCUGUGGUGUCGGUAUGCUGGCCGCCUGUCUAUGGUCUUUGACGGUCGACCUCCACCUCUGGAUCAGGCGCCUCAAGCGUGCCAACAUGGAGCGUCAACCGGAGAUGCGCCUGCCUCAAGGCCUCAUGGGUGCCUUUCUCACGGUAAUUGGACUCUUUUGGUUUGGCUACACGAGCUUCCCGAGCAUCCACUGGAUGGUACCCAUUGUCGGCUCAGCCGUCUACUCCUUUGGCGCUCUGAGCGUCAUGCUGAGCACAUUUGCCUAUGUCGUGGACACGUACCUCGCUCGGUCCUCGCCCGCCUUUGCUGCGAUUGGGCUCAUCCGAUCAGUAGCCAUCGGCGUAUUCCCGCUCUUUGGCGCGCAGUUCUACCUCAACCUCAAGCCUCGCAAUGCUACGCUGAUCCUGGCGCUCGUUGCCGUCGUCGAGAUUGCCAUCCCGUUGGGGGCGAUGAAGUGGGGGCAGAGGCUGCGCAAUAAGAGCCACUACGCGAUGAAGACGACGUAGGGUGCGCGGCGCGGCGCGAUAGACCAUUCUUUUGUUUCUCUCGCAGCUAUGA